UCCUGCGAGUCAAACGGAGCGCGGUAGUCAUGGAGGAAUCCAUGAACAAAAACAGCUAACUUCUCGCGUUAUUUUUUUGUGACUGGAGGUACAUUUGGACCUUUUCUUGGUUCCGGCAGAGCCACCGAACCCUCCGCAUGUCCGAGCAGACAGCGAGCUGCAGCUAACUGUCCGAAGCUAGCAAGCAGCAUGGCACACUGGAGCACCUUCGAGAAGGAGACGGAGAGGGAGACGAAGAGGCUGAUCCGAUGCAUCAGCGGGCUCCAAGACGAGGAAGAUCAGAACUUCCAGCUGGCGCUCAAGUUCGCUUGGUCAAAUUUCAAGUUCCAUCGGUAUCUGGAUGCUGACAGCCAUAAGAUUCAACGCAGGAUCAGCGGGAUCUAUGAAAAGCUGAUGGUCCACUCUGACCUGAGUAAAGCAGGGAGCUGGAGGAGACUGACUGACGAGUUCCUGAACUCACCGCUACCCAAUACCCCUGGAGCGAAGACAGAUACCCACUAUAGUAUCCUGUCGCUGCUGCUUUUCUUAUCAGAUUCUCCCACAAACACAAACUUCACAGAGAGACCCAGGGUGAAAGAUGCCGAACCAGCGGACAGCUUCGACUGGGCCAGGUAUCUCAUGGAAGGGGAGGAGGUGGACGCUGGGCCGUUCCCAGACACGCCGGAGUGGUCUGAGGACGAGAGCGAGGACGAUGACAGCCAGCAGCCAAUCAGCAGGGAGGACUCUGGGAUCCAGUUGGACAGGACCCCCCAGGAGGACCAGGACACCACCAGCAAGUCGGUUCCAGUCGCAUGGACAGUGGGCGAACCGGACGCCCGGGCCUGGCUGGAACAGCACGUAGUGACUCCAUACUGGGUCGCCCACGCUCCUCGGUUCCCUCACAGCUUACACUUGCACUCGAACUUGCUCAACGUCUGGGACCAGCACUUAUAUAACACCGAUCCUCUGUACCUGCCUGAAGAGAAAGCCUUCGUCACCGAGACUCAAGUCGUACGGGAGACCUUGUGGCUCCUCUCCGGUGUGAAGAAGCACUUUAUAUUCCAGCAUCACGACGGCAAAGUGUGCGUGAGGAACGAUGUGGUGGUAACCCAUGUGACGAGUAGCUGCCUGCGCUCGGUGCUGGAGCACGUCGCCGUGUACGGCCAGGCGGUGUUCAGGCUGCAGAGGUUCAUAGACGAGGUGACGGGCCACAGCUCGGAGCCCUGCCCGCCGGGCUCCGCCUCCUCCCACAGCUACAGGAAGGGCUCCGAGCCGCCGUUCCGGACCUACCAGGCUUUUGUGUGGGCUCUCAACAAAUACUUCACCGGCUUCAAAGCGGAGCUGACCGCCAUUGAGCGAGAGGUCAUCAGCAACGACGAGACGGUGACCCUGUCUGCAGUGCUGGAGCGCCUGAGCCCUCACCUGGCCCAGAUCAAAGUGCUGCACAAAGUCUUCUGCACGGGCGUCGCCGAGGUUCCCCCGGCCACCCCCAAUGUGGUGCGGGCCUCUCACCUGCUGAAUACGCUCUACAAGGCCAUCAUCGAGUACGACGCCGUCGGAGACGCGUCGGAGCAAGCGGUGGCGCUGCUGUUUUCUCUGUGGACCGAGACGGUGCGGCCGUAUUUGGAGAUCGUGGAUGAGUGGAUUGUUCACGGGCAUUUGUUCGACCCCGCCAAAGAGUUCAUCAUCCAGAGGAACAAGGAUGUGGCCGUAAACCACAGGGACUUCUGGUACGCCACCUACACCCUGUACAGCGUGUCGGAGAUGGUGGACAGCGAGGAGAAGCUGAACGACGCGUCCAGCGGCAGCUCGGGAGGGGACCAGGGCGCCGGCAACCGGCAGCUCACCAUGGUGUCCUUCCUCAAACCCGUGCUGAAGCAGAUCAUCAUGGCCGGGAAGUCCAUGCAGCUGCUGAAAAAUCUGGACCGCAAGGAGGCCGAGGACGCUGAUAGAUCGUCCAGAGAUGCGGAGAGGAAGAGUCUGUACGCGCUGUUCCUGGAGUCUGUGCAGUCCCGCCUCAGCAGCCCGGAGGAGUCGCCGACCGACAGGGUGACGGAGCAGCAGGCCACCGCCAGGAGUCUGAUAAAGAUGCAGGCCAUCAUGGCGCAGCACCUGGAGACGGACGACGUCCACGAUCCGCUGUUGGCCAUCAACUUUGCCAGACUCUACCUGGAGCAGAGCGACUUCCACGAGCGCUUCUCCGGCGGCGACUUCACCGUGGACCGCUCGUCCCAGUCGGUCACCUGCCAGACCUUCGAGCUCACCCUGCGCUCCUGCCUCUACCCGCACAUCCAGAGGCGCUACAUCGAGUGCUGCGGGAACCUCAUGAAGACGCUGAAGAAGGACUACAGGCUGCUGGAAUACCUGCAGGCCAUGAGGAACUACUUCCUGCUGGAGGCGGGGGACACCAUGUACGACUUCUACACCGCCAUCUUCGACAAGGUGCAGGAAAAGGAGAGCUGGCAGCAGCCCUCCUUUCUCAACAUGCAGCUGCAGGAGGCAGUGGGGCAGCGCUACCCAGAGGACAGCAGCAGGUUAUCGGUCUUUUUGGAGCCUCUCGACCCAUCCAGGAAGAAGCACCCGGUGAAUAAUUUGGAGGUCCUGACCCUGAGCUACAAGGUGCCCUGGCCUGUAGACAUUGUGAUCAGCUCUGAGUGCCAGAAGAUUUACAAUCAGGUGUUCCUUCUCCUGCUGCAGAUUAAAUGGGCUAAAUACAGUCUGGACACGCUUCGAUUCAGCGAUUUUGCAGAAGUCACAAAGAAAGUGGAAGGAUCUCCUGCUGAGGAAGCAAAGCUGAAACAGCCAAAAGGCCAGCAGAUCCACCGAAUGUGUCUGCUGCGGGUCAAACUGAUGCACUUUGUCAACAGCCUCCACAACUACAUCAUGACCAGGAUUCUGCACAGCACUGGGCUGGAGUUUCAACACCAAGUGCAGGAAGCAAAAGACCUGGACCAGCUGAUCAAGAUUCAUUACAGAUACUUGGCCACCAUCCAUGACCGUUGUCUACUCAGGGAGAAGGUGAGUUUUGUGAAGGAGGCGAUAAUGAAGGUCCUCAAUCUGGUCCUCAUCUUCUCGGACCGAUGGCAAGCUGGAUUCGGAGCUUGGAAGAUCGAGUCGAUCGACAAGAUGGAGUCAGAUUUCAAAAACUGUCACAUGUUCCUGGUGACUAUACUCAAUAAAGCGGUUUGUCGGGGCUCCUUCCCUCAUUUGGAGUCGCUGGCCCUCUCUCUGAUGGCAGGAUUUGAGCAGUGCUGAGCGACCGUCCGUGUUUCACUCAUUCCUUCAUCUCUGUGUCUUUGACUUGUCGCCAUGUGACCUCUGUGGUGAUCAGUAGCUCACGCCUGCUUCUGCUCAGACUGCUGAACACCGACUGCUGGAGUUCGACGGUCACAGCUAGGCCAGCUGCUCACGGACAAACUUCUACGUCUUCAUUGUAUUUAUUUUGCAAGUUGUGUUUUUUUUAAAUAAUCAUUCAUUGUAAAUAAGGGAUAUGUAUACAUGUGGAAGCACAAAUAAAAUUGCACAGUGUUGUUUAAGCAUAGAAAAGGGACAAAUAUAACAACGAAGAAGAAGGAAAAUAACUUGGUGUGUUUUUUAUAAGCAAAGGUUUCAUUCAAAUAAAUGUUAUGAUCCUAAAUGAUCGUGUUUACCAGAGUUUCUGUUGUCUUAAACACAAUAAUCCGAAUAUCAGGCCUUUAAAACAUUAAUAACCUCCUAUUUUCAGUA